GACUUCCUGAUGUUUUAUUGUAUAAAAUGUAGCUAAACGUACAGUAGUUGCCCACGUGUAUCCUAUCAUUUGUUCGCCUUCGUACGGUCUACUCAGCGCAGCUUAGUGAACCUGGCAGUGUCUUAUACAGCGCUUAUUCCUUUAAAGAUUUGCACUGUUUGGUCUUUUUCUUGCUUUGAAUAUAUUUUCAGUGCGUGAUUCUUUCUGCACGGAUACAAUUGUUUUCUGCGAUCAGAAUUGGCAUCAUAGAAAACAUUUAACCAGUCAAUAAUAGCCGUAAAUCGACACUCAAUUAAAGCCAAGGUGGACUAUAGAUUCGACUCGUGUUUUCUUAGACACAGCUCUCCAGCCCAAACAAAAGACAGCAUUGUUAUUAAAAUUUCAGAGCAUUCCAGCUGGGGAGAGGGUUGACAAGUCGGGGCAGAUUACACCAUAUCCGUCCGGUCCACGUGCCGGAUCCUCCAUUGAUAGGAUUUAUCUGGCACCGUCACGACUGAAUAGACUCCACGCUUACUUGUCACGUGAUAGUCAUGAGGGUUAUCUAUUGAAAAGUGGUUAUACCGAAUCUCUCUUCCUAUAGAACAUUCAUUUGUUUUGUUUGAUCUUUCAGCUGGUGUCCCCGGAUAUAGUGGUUUGUCUAUGAAGCGACCCGGAUUAAACACCAUAGUCUAUCUGCUCUGUCUUGCUGCCAACAUAUGGGUCGUUUAUUCUCUUGGAAAACAGAGCUGUGAAGACGUUGACCCGACCAGGACCUGUAUGCUCUGGAGGAAUAAGGGACACUGUAAAAAUAAAACUUAUGAGGUGUACAUGAACCUUCAUUGUAAUCACACCUGUGGACUUUGUGAAGAUGAUCAGCACGUACCAUGUCCUAGUGGAUAUUUUUCUUGUUUGGAUGGGCUACCACGGUGUGUUCCGGUAAUGAACAUGUGCGACUGUAAAAAUGACUGUGAAAAUGGACACGAUGAGUACGACUGCAGCUGGAUGAAUUGCGAUGAAGUAAAUGCAACCCAAGAGGUAAUUCCCUUUGGAAACAUGACUGAAGCGCCGCUAAUAAAACCACCGGAUAGUAAUCGAACAAAUGGAGACUCGGAUAGCAUCGUAAUUGAGACAGUUGACAAGACCACGAAACUGCCAAUGUUUCCUGGACAAGCCCACAACGGUAUAGAUUGUCCAGCUCUACAAACUGCGUGUACCUCCAGUCAGAAGUGCAUCAGCAUUCUCUCCUGGUGCGAUGGCUGGAUAAAAGAUUGCCCCGAUGGUGAGGAUGAGACAGACUUAUGUUACAAGCCAGUCAACAGGGACGCUUUCAAGAAAAUGUCCGUGAAUGCACGGAUAAGUGUGUCAGCGUUCUUUGAAGCGAUCCAGCGGAUGAAGCACACCCAUUGUACAACACGAGUGUUCUCCUGCAAGGACUCUUGUAUGGACGAUGUUAAUCUUUACCGCUACGAAUGCGCCUGUGACAAGGAGUGUUGGCAGAGGAAUGAUUGCUGUCACGAUAUAGUCGAGCACUGUCCCACACACGUCAGACCCAAAGGUGUCAUAGAGAGAUGUUCACCCAAUUUAUUUGGUAAAGGCGAAGAUUUGUCCGCACUAGUGAUAGACCAGUGUCCGGAAAGCGCGACAGUGCACGAUGCAACGCGGUGUGGUGAACGCGACAAGCCCGAUAACGUGAAGUACUACGGAGCACCUGUCUAUAGUCCGGACGAGGAGAAACACUACCGGAACUACUACUGUGCCAAGUGUAAUGGAGCAGCGGCCGACAAUCUGGUUCCUUGGAACGUUUGGUUUGGCUGUCAGAGCACUGAGAAUGACUUUGAUGAAGACUGUGAUUCGCUCAUCUUCAUUCCUCCGCUGAACUACCCUCCAAGAACAUGCAGAGUGAAAAACUUCCAAGACCCGUCCUUCGAGGACACAGUCAUCACAACCCAACAAAAAGAAGGGAAAGCAGCUGAGCGGUGUCAGACUGUUUACGCUCCAGUCAAAUACAACGGCACCCUCUACAGGAACCCUUACUGUGUGUAUUUACACCGGUACCAAGUCGGAGAUAGAAACAUGACCAGGCUGUAUACUUGUGAUAUUGACUCUGAGCUGGAACCCUGUGGGGAGGGAACUGCUCCAUGUAGGCCCACUUUCACGUGCAUGUCUGACAGCGCUGUUUGUAAUGGGAUUGAGGAUUGUGAGGAUCGGAGUGAUGAGCCAGAAAGUUGCGCUGCUAAGUUUUGUUAUCCUGAUUUCCGAUGCAAGAGGACACAGCACCAGUGUUAUCCGCAGACGAACGUUUGUGAUGGAUUCCUGGACUGUGAUGAUGAAAGUGACGAAGCUGACUGCGAAGACGAUGACGAUGAUUAUGAAAUAGUGUACCGAACCAACUUCCACGAAAGUUUGUCGCGACUUUCAAAGUAUCCAAGAAUAUCGAACAGUUACUACCCAGGGAUCCCAAACAGUUAUGAUCCCAGCGAAACAGAAACAAGCGCUGUAACUAAAAAAUCUCCUAAAUGUAUUGAGCCACUGCAUUUUGAUGGAAUCAAUUGCAAAUAUAACGGGAGUAUAACCAGGAACAAAAAGUACGAAGAGGUAUACCUAAAACAAGACGUCACAACAAUAGCCUACAACAUUACCUUGUCCCCUCUGGGGUACCACAGACCCAAAGCCAUGAGCGAUGAUCCUGUCAAGUUCUUGACCAAACACCUUCAGCAUCACCCUUACCAGGUUGUGGAUUUUGAGAUGGAUAAUGUUGAACCUGGCGAGAUUCGGAAAGCCCAACUGGCCAUAAGGCAUCCGACCAAGCUAGAAGAAAGUAGAGGUGUUCAAGAGUUGGGAAGAACAAAAAGAUAUGUUGAUAAUUACUUACAGAUCGGGAGUGAAGUAUAUCAAAUCACAGCAAAGCUGGUGCAGUCUGAUAUCAAAGUCAAAGAGUUAAACACAUUGAUAGUUUGCCAGUUUGACAGCAGUGGUCCCAUUGUUCAGGUUUUAUGCACUGGAUGCGCGUAUGUGGAAUAUACUUCCCGUGAGUACACCAUCACCUCCUCUGGCUCUAUCCAACUCAAAGACUCCGGCCAAGUUCUGAAUUACCAAAACUACGAGCUGAGAGCCAAUGGCACCAUCCUUGUGUGCUGGGACACUCCUAACACAAACUCCACCGGUAGUGACACUAAAGCUGAUAACAGAGAUAAGUGGAUGAAGGUUUGGUUCGGGGUCGGCUACUCCCUUGCGCUCAUGGUUCACCUGGUGGCUAUCAACAUGAACCUGUUGUAUGGACGGAAGACCACACUCCGGAUCUUCUUCAUUAACUUCACCACGAUGGGAGUUAUCUGGAGUUUUGAUGCCCUAUUGAGCACAGUUUCGUCUGUGUACAGCAUUCAUGGCCAGUCCCUUCACCUGUAUGGGAACCUGGGUACUCUGGCCUGGCUCCUGAUCAUCAGUUUCCACCUCCUUCUCUCUGUGUCGGAUGGAAGUCCUGCAGUCUACUUCAGUGUGGAUAACUUGGUUUACUAUCACGUGUGUGGAUGGCUUGUCCCGUUGGGAUGGGUCCUACUUUUCUUCUUGCUCAGCACCUUGAAGGUAGUUGAGAACGUAGUUUGUUUGACAGAUUCCAGACAAAGUCUCCAGCUGAACCAAAUCAGUGAAAUUCUCCAUUUCCCAAUCUGGGUUCUUAUCGUGGUCGUGUUCUUCCUCCUACUAAUCGUCAUUGGAACCACAAAACGACUGAUGACUGGAAAAUCUGGAAAAGUUGAUCUCGAAGUUAUGGGAUGUCGCUUGCAGAUAAAGAUGAUGGUCUUCGUACUGUUUUUGCUUCAAGCCUUUCCGUGGACGAUCUCGCUCUGUUUAAAGUACAUUGCCGAAGAUUUCAUGUACCACAAUGCUGUGUUUUGUCUCAGUUGUGUGAUGGAGGGCUUCUACUUGAUAUACAUUCUAAAAGCUCUUGUGGACGGCAAUCUGGAGAAGCUCAGAAAUGAUUCAGCUAGUCAUGACUCACUUCAGAAGAUGGCCCCGUCCCCUAACUCUGAGCUCUCUCACACACCAGACAUGAAACCUGCUCUUCCUCCGAAAACGACUCGAGGACCUCGACCUCCACUCUACCAACGACCCAUCGAUCACAACUACACUCCAUUCCCUAGCCGCGAUCGCAUAUUCUACCCUCAGCAGGACCAGUACAGUCACCUCCAAGGUGGCAAUCUCGGUGGUAAUAGAAACGGGAAGAAGAAGGAUUACUACCCAGUGACAAAGUUAGGAUCACCUGCAUACACUGGCUCCAGAAAAGGGUCACUACCAAACCAAGACCAGCACCAAUACAUGCCUCUGAAGAGAAGUGAGCUGAACCAUACCCCCUCGCAAUCACCAGCUGAGGCUCGCUCUAGACAGCGAACUACCUCAAGCCAGGGCUUCACAGUUGUUUCCAAUGAACCAGGUUACCAACCAGUCACUCCCACUGACAAGGGAAAACACCGUGUCCCCAGGUCAGCCCAUCCGAGUGAUCAAUCAAACUCUCCGUCCGUACAGUUGACUGGUGGUGAACUAAAUGACAAUCCGCCACCCUAUCGUUUGUGCGAUGGGGAUUACGCUGAAACCCAGGCUAGUUCCAGCAAUGAAGGACAUUCAUUAUCAACUCCGAACUUAAAUCAGGUUUCGAACAAUUUGCAGGGCCCUCCACCUGUCUACAAUCAGUCGAGCACGGAAUUCAUUCCAGAGGGGGGCAGCGUAGAUACUUUUAAAUCCAGUUACUGUUAGAUUAGAUUUUAGCACGUUAUUUCUACAUUUCAUUUUAUUUGUUUUACUCAUCUGUUAUCUUAUUUCGGUAGUUAAUUCGAAUUGCAUUUUCGAAAAGCUGACCUACAGUUUUAAGCGAUAUCAUACAUUUUAUUAUUAUCACAAUCUAAAUAAUGUGACAGUUUGGUUUGAUAUUUUAAAGAAAACAUGAUAGAUGUUUCAAGAUAUUCAAUUGCCCUCACAAGAUGGUGCAUUUGCUGGGAUUUAAUUCUUUUAUCACAUCGA